AUGACGGCCAAAGCCCCAACCCGAGCCCACGAGGCCGCCUCGGCGCAUGACACGAGUGCACACAACGAGUCGACGGUUGCAUCCUCGGACGGUGCCGAUGAGCAGUACGACUCGUUUCUCAUGCACGACAUUGACGAACAAGAGGUGCGCCUCAAGACGACCGUGCUGGAGCAAGAAAAGCAGGCGAGCCACAAGAUUGCGAAAGCAACACCGACAGCAUCGUCGCUAAGCGAGAGCAACUUGUCCUUGGACCCACCGGCAGUGACCCCGACGAAUGCACCGUCGCUCACGGAGAUCCACAUGCCGACACCCGAACUCCCAACGCUCUCGAGCAACAUCCAAGUGCUCCAAGCGCCGACGUAUUCUCGCUCUCCGACACGACCGGCGCAUUCGAACACAUCGGCGUCCGCAUCGUCGCUCCAGGUGGAGCUCACGACGACUACGCCAAUGCGAUAUACAGGCGCCGGGUACGGUCUCGAUACGAGUAACCUCUCGAGCCAAAACGCGCGGUCACCCGAAAUACCUGUGCUCUCGCGUCAUGUGCAGCUGCAUCACACUCCGUUCGACGGGGAUGACGACGACGGGGUGGAGGAAGCCAAGACGCCAUCGACGCCGGAGCGUCACUUUACGUCGUCGGCGAUCAAGGCCACAAGUGGCGUGAACAACGUGCUGCUAUCCCCGCAGUGGGCACCAACGCCAUCGACAAAUCUCCGUCGCCGGUUCAGCGCCGUCGCUGAGCUUACCUCGACGCCCCGGAAGACGCCCCGAAAGACGCCGUCCAAGUCGAGCGACGAGGACGCGCUCCUGUCACCGCACCUGGGCUCGCCGUUGCUGAGCACGAAGCUGCGCGUCAUGACGCCCCACACGCCACUCUCGAACCGAAUUGCAGGCGCCGACACGUCGUACCAACCUGCCAUGGAUGCCCUGUUCGCGGCGUCGCCAAACGAACCGAUCCCGGCGUUCGACCUAUCGCUGUUUCCCGUGGCCUUCCAGCGCGGUCUCGCGGCGUACCAAAUGACGACGCUGUAUAGUCUCUUCCGCGAAGAUGCCCACCAAGCCCUCACGCUCACCGAAGUUUCCGAGAAAAUGACCGAUUGCGAGCUCGAGCGGCUCGAAAUUUUCCUCGACACGCUUGUGUCGCGACGACUACUUCGACCAUUCGUCGUCGAAGGCACCAUGUACUGGCAAGUAUCGACGACGUAAGAAGAUUGAAUUGUGUGGUGGCUCCUCGUGUGGGCAAAGAUACGUACGCAGGACGAUGUGGGCGCUGGGGUCGAGGGUAGCAGUCACGGUAAUGAGGGUGCGUAGACGUCGUGCAAAAGUGUGCGAGCGAUUUUGAGACCCACCACAAUCAACUAUCGAUGCGGG